UGGUUGGGUGUCGUUUGCCUGCGUUUAACAUUAUUUUCGAAUGACGUCACUUUCGGUCGCGGACAGCGUGCGCGGAUCCAGUGAGCCCCCAGUGAGAAAGGAAUGAAGCUAAUAAAUACAUACGCGUACGUCGCGUUGCGCGCUAGUGUGUACCUAACCUACACAUAGUUGAGUGCAGCAAUAAUCAGCAGAUGGAAUAAAACGAUAGAAAAGCGCACUGGAGCGCAGCAGUGAGUGAGUGAGUGAGUGAGUGAGCGCGCGAGUCAGUCCCUCUCCCUCUAUCCUUGUGUUGUUGUUGAUGUUGCCCGUUGCUACGACGCUGCUGAGUGCGUGUGUGUGUGUGAGAGCGCAGAAAAAAGAAGGGUGGCAGCGAUCGCGGGUGCUGUCAACGGCGUUAUUCAUCAUCAAAGUGUGCUCCGGUGGCAGUGGGUGCGUGUGAUUGUAUGUCAUGCUAAUAUAGUGCGUAACAAGCUGUUGCCGAGGAUCUGCUGGAUCCACCCAAUCGAAGCGGUUGUGUUCGCCCAUACCGCCCUCAUAGUGUGUUGUUACAUCGGUGUGCAUUCUUGCGAAUUCUGGUGAAAAUAUGUGGCUAUGUGUAAACGAUCCGAAAGUGUAUUAUGACGUCUCUGAGCAGCGACUCGCGCUGCCCCGGCAGCAGCACCAGCAACAGCACCAGCAACAGCUCCAACGGCGGUGAUGUUGCAAACAACAACAAUCACCUUCCGAAGGAUGCGUCCACCUCCCGGGCGGAUAUUGUCGUGUGUAGAACUAAGAUGCGGGAUCAGGGCGCGGUAGGGAACGGGCACGUGGCAACCGUCGCGGACGGUCGAGGUGGUGCUAAGCAGGGCGGAAGCAUGUGUCAUCCAGAGCAGUCCCGAACGAUCCAUCCCAGAGCGCCGAUGGAAUCGCAGUCCCAGGGUGACAGGACGGCCACAGCCCAUCCGUCAUCUUCUGCAGCGAGUCCAUCGACGAUCGACAGCUGCGAUCCGGCACGAUAUAAAGGAUCGUCGCAGCCGGCAGCAGCUUCAACCGCACGCCACCAUCGAUCGUCGUCGUUGGGCGAUCGCGAUAUGACGGAUUCUGCUUCGCCCGGUGCUAGCACGACGACCGUUGGCUCGACCGUCCAGAAGCCGGAAGAUCCGUACGCCGAGUUGGAACGAAUUCUAGAAAAAGUGCAGGCGGAAAUAUCGGAAAUGUUUGAGCAAACCCUGCUGGAGGGCAAUGCAGCCCCAGCAGUGGCCAGCAGCAACGACACCGUCCGCGGGACAGGAAGCGACAAAAAGCGGAAAAACGAUCUGAAGGCUAACCGGGACGAAGCCACUGGAUACGGGCGGUUAGUAAAGGCUGGUCCACACCUUCAACAGCAUCAUCAUCACCAACAACAGCCACAUCAGCAGAACGCUAGUCAUCACGUAAAGUAUGCAACCAUACCGCACGCAAAUGUUACCCAGCAGAGCAGUAGUGCCAGUGCCGGUGCGAUCAGCUACGGCCGCACCAAUCAAUCGCUAGCAAUCGACGGCUAUGCGAAACGGACGCGAAAUGCACAGGACCCUCGUUACCGAUCGCACGACCGGAUGGAAAUGGUGAGCUCCUCGACCACUGUGCCGGCGGCGGCUUCAACACUGCCCAAGCCGAGCGUUCGGUCGCAGUCGGCGGGCGAAAACAUGUCCUCCAGCGGGUACAGCAGCUACGGUCGGUACACGGAACGGUCGGACAGCUUGUCGGACGAUAUGAGCCUGCUGGAUGUGGGAGCGCCGUCGUGUGACGACAGUCUGGAAGGGGCUGGUGACGACACGACGUCGGACGAGCGGGAAACGAUAGUCAGUGGCGGUGUGCGUAAGCGCCUCCAGCAAAAAGACCCAUCGGUGCAGGCACAGCGUGGUGCUGGUGCGAUCGCACCGAGCAAAGACUUUGGCGGAUACUAUUGUAACAGCAUCGAGCAGCAGCUAGGGGCGAAUGACCGAGGGCUCAAGACCAGCACCAACAGCUUGCCGUCCGUGGCCGGAGGACACCGGAAUUUAGCGCUACAUUUAAAGUUCAAAUCGCACCAGAGUGCGAUCGACGCGAAGCGGAAACAGUUCUUCCUGACGCUCGACCAGGAACCGUUCCAACCGCUCAAGUCCAAUAUGGCCGAUCUGCCGUCGCCGAGCAGCACGUCGCUGCACAGCGGCCACAACCAUUUGAUUGCGGAAGAGCUCGGUUCCAAAUCGAGUUCCGCACCGGUACUGCUCAAGGAUGAGGAGAACGUCCUCACGGUGGCACGGGCAAACCUCCGUUAUUCGAGGUCACAAAGUGAUCGGCAUUUGGCGGAAAUCGAAGCGAUUGAAGCAUGCCGUUGGUUACGUGCCGCCGGCUUUCCACAGUACGCCCAAAUGUACGAAGAUCACCAGUUUCCCAUCAUCGUGGAGGACGUGGCGAAAGAUCAUCCAUUCCUGGAGCCCGACCCACUGCAGUCCCUGUUCCGUCGGCUGCACACGCUCAACCGUUGCGCAAACAUGCAUCUCGAUGCGCAUCAGCAUACACCAAAACCUUCGCAACGCGACGACUCGGACGAUGACAGCUGUGCGCUCAGCGAAGCCUGGACAUUCCAACACAACAGCCGGCGCUGGUCGCGUGUAGACGAUGCGAUCGGUUUGGUCAGUGUGAUAAACAACAAGCAGCAGCAGCAGCAGCAGCGAAACUCACACAAAGAUGGCAAGGGGAGCGGCAGCGAUCAUGCUGCUGGAUCGCAACGGCGCCACCAUAACAACAACAACACGCUGCUGCGCGCGGAAGACCACGAGAAGCUGUGGCUCGAGUCGGGUGGCAAAAUAACGAUCGGCGUACCGUCGGACACGGACUCGCAGGAUGACUGCGGCACGAACGGCAGCGGUGUGCAUCUGCGCCGCACCGGAAGCGAACGGCUGAAGGACGGCGCGAAGGCAAUCCUGCGCCGGGUGGAGUCGAUCAAAUCGAGGCGCAGGAAAAAACAGAAUCGCGACGGACUGAUCAUACUGGCGCCGCCGGCGGCACACUCGAGCGCUCACCUGUCCCCGCACCAUCGUCCGGCCGGUGGCGACGGCACCGACGGGUACGGUGGGUCCGGGUUUGACAUCAUGUCCUACUCCAAUCCUACCUCACCGCGUCCAUCCGCCGAGCUGCUCGCGUUCGACGAUGCGCUCGAUGCGGCCGGCAACCGGAAGGAUCUGUUCGGGAACGAUCUGCUCGGGCGCCGGAACCUGCUUCUGUCGCCUAACGUUAGCACGCCCGCCCCUGCCUGGUCGCCGCUGCACGGUGCCGACGGGAAGCGGUACACCGACCGAUCGUCCCCGGGCGGCACGCUGCCCUUCCGGCAGCAGGUGCAGCUGCAGCAGGAGUCCCGAUCCGGCGACGAUUCUUCCUCAAUAUGCAGCGAAGACAGUGGCGGCGGCGGCGGUGGACCUGACCUAAACCUGCAAACCGGUCGGUCGGACAAGAUGGCAUCGCGGAAGUAUCCGCGUGCAAAGAAAGCAUUGCGCAGCAAGGUAAUUAGCAGCACGGUCGCAGACGAUCAGUCUGGCAGUGGAGCGCUUUCCGAUUCCGAGUGUCAUGCCAAGCAGAGGCGGUCGAAAAUUAAGAUAGAGCUCGAUUGCGAUUUACCCGGGAUGAACGAUGGCGUUUCUACGACCACAGGGGAUGGCAAAGGAGCCGGUAGAGGAGUAGGCAACAACACGCUGACCGCACCGGAUGCAGCGCCUUCAAAACUGCACCGCGGAGGAUCGCUAAACCUUGGUAAAGCUUCGAAGCGCUAUCGAGACGCAUUCAGCAAUCGGUCCGUGCGGCACAGCUCAAAAACGGCAGACGACGGUGGAGAAGGUCGCUCGUCAAGCAAACGAUCAACCGUAGCUCGUUGGCACAGCUUCCAGCAGCCGAAGGUAUCGCCGAUUGACUUGCAGCAGCAACAGCAACAACAACAGUCCGAUCAGCUGGUCUCGAAAGAUGAUCGCAAGCAUGCGCUACAGCGUGGCACGACCAUAGCGCAACUAGUCAGCAGUACCACAAACAGCAGCAACGCUAUGACAGUCACCUCCUGUGGCGCCAUCACGACCACCGUCAGCACUAUCGUCACUUCCACAACGGGCAAAGCGCACACUCUGUUGGGGCUAACUGUGGAAGGUACUCAAGGUGGCUCCAUCGGCGCAGCAAUUGGUCGUGGAUUAGAUGGUAGCGCGACGUCCGGUGCUGGACUGCGCAUGUCGGAGAUGUCGUGCGGGCAGCUCCUGGUCGUACGUAAGCUCGGUCUGGCCAACCUGACCGGCUACAUGGAGCGGUACUGUCCCACGCACCGGUCCGGCUGGAACUGGGAUUUGCCAAAGUUUAUCAAGCGCAUCAAAACGCCCGACUACAAAGAUCGCAAGGUGUUCGGGAUGCCGCUGGUGCUGAAUCUGCAAAAGUACGGCAGCACUGUACCGCACACGAUACGGCUGGCGUUCGGGUGGCUGGAGAAGAAUGCGCUCGACCAGGUGGGACUGUUCCGGAAGCCGGGUGUCAAGUCGCGCAUCGCCAAGCUAAAGUCGGUCAUCGAGGCGAGCAACGAUGUGGGCUGGCGCAGCGAGAUGUUUGACGAGUACCAUGCGUACGAUGUGGCGGACCUGGUGAAGCAGUACUUUCGCGAGCUGCCCGAUCCGCUGCUGACGGCGAAGCUUUCCGAAACGUUCAUCGCUAUAUUCCAAUACCUACCGAACGAAGUACGAGCAGAAGCGGUCCAGUCGGCAAUUCUGCUGCUCCCGGACGAACAUCGCGAGGUGCUACAUCUACUGCUAACAUUCCUGGAAAAGGUGGUACAAAACUCGUGCCUAAAUCAAAUGACGGCCAACAACCUGUCCGUCUGCUUCGCACCUUCGCUCUUCUAUCUGCUGUCCGGUAAUAGAUACACUGCGGCGUCGCCGCGGAGAAAGAAAACCGGUGCCGGUUCCGGUACGCCCGACGAGAAGGAACUGUCCGAGGCAAAAGCAUCACACGAGUGUCUAGCGUACAUGGUGGAACACUUUCAAACGCUCUGGACAAUUAGCAGCGAUCAGAUGCGACGCUGCAACUUCAACUACAUGGACGAAUCGAAACCGGUUCCGCUGGCGUCGCUCGGUACGGAAAUGCACGUACAGAACUGGCGCGGCUACCUGUCCGAGUCGAUCAACGAGUGUCUCCGGGAGGGACGCGAACGCCCCCGCGGUUGGGUGUCGCUCAGCUCGUCCGAUCCGUCGGUGACCGCGUUCUUCAAGAAGGUGGGCGACGGACACCCGCUCCGCCUGUGGAAGUGCGUGACGGAGGUGGAAGCACCGCCGAUGGAAGUGAUACAGCACAUCGUUAACGAGCGACCGCUCUGGGACGCGUAUCUGCUCAAGUGGCGCACGAUCGAGCAGCUGGACCAGGACACCGACGUCUUCCAGUAUGCGUGCGGCCAACCCGUCACGGAGUACUGUGUCGUUAGGCAAUGGAAAAAUGAUCUUCCCCGUGGAGCCUGCGUGAUAGUGGAGGUGUCGAUAUCGCACGAAAAUGCCACCACGCUGCUAGGGGGAGUGAACGGUGUUGUGCUGGCCUCGCGGUACCUAAUCGAACCCUGCGGCAGUGGCAAGUGCAAGCUAAUGCAUCUAUCGCGCGUAGACAUGAAAGGCCGUACGCCCGACUGGUACAACAAAAACUACGGACACAUCUGUCAGCAAUAUCUUUCGAAGAUCAAAAAGUUCUUUGAACACUGCACCGAGGGACCUGAAACGAAAGUAUAAUAGCAUCAUCACAAAACGGAGUUGGAGCUCAGUGUUCACAGACACACACACACACUGUCUAAACCCUCCACGCCCUCCACCCGAGACCCGAGAUAUUAUAUCUUUAAUGCGAUUUGUACGAGGGGUUGUUAGAAAGACACUAGAAAGUUACACAUACACGUCACACUCAUACAAAGAAGACAGUCUAACACAGACAGGGAGAAAAUGUAAUCUCAUACAGGAAACAAAGAUACACAAUAUUUAUAUCUUUGCUGUACCAUUUUUGCUUGUAAAAACAACACAGUGGUAUGUGGUGUGAUGGAUUGAUGGAAAACCUUUUAACCCUUUUUGCUAUAAAUCCAGCCAAACACACACACACACAUACGCAGACACAAAAAGACCACACAAACAAUAUUAAAACACGCCUCGAGGAAACGUGAAACUUAUACAAGAAGAUGCGCACGAGUGAAAGAACCAACCAGUUGAUUGUCCUAAAACAUUCCAGAACAUUUCAUUACCAAGUGCCUAAUGUAACCAACUCACAAAACAAAACAAGAAAGGAACAAACUAAUAAUAUUAAAUGUUUGGUAGUUGACGGUAGAAAGGGGAAAAACAAACGUUAGUUAAAAAACACAAACGGAUAAGGCAAACAAUUAAAGACACGAAAGAAGCGACACAAACUCUUGUGUUGAAAGCAAAAGGGGAGAAAACAAAACAAUUGUUAUCGAAGCACAACGUUUUUUUUGUUGCGCUUCUUCUGCGCUCUUUGAUAAGCGUAUGGUGAAACUUUUGCGCAAUCCCUUCGCGUCCUACCAAUGACACCCUGCACUGCAGCCUCCCCGCCUUUCGUAUAGUAGCCAGCAGAGACAGAGAAAGAGAGAAAGAUGGAAGGAUAUAUAAAACUUUUUUUAUGUAUCGUUUAUAGCAGCACACAUACAUACAUGCAUACACACGCAACAACUAAAACUAGUCCAAACACAAAACUUAACCAAUAUUUAGCAAAGCCUGUUUUUGUUUUUUUUAUUAAUAAUAUACGAAAAAGAUAUGUUUUUAAUGGUAAUUAUCUUCUGUACAUUGCAAACCCUCCAAUAUCUCCCCUCACACAUUCUACAACCAGCUGAAGAAGAAAAAUACGAUUUAUGUGUAAAAAGCAAGGCGAGUUCCAGCAAGAGUUUAUCUUUAUGUUUUUGUACCAUUAUUAAGAGCAUUAUUGUGUGUAGAUAGUAUUAUUAUAAGCUACUGUUAAGUUGUUUUUUUUUUGUUCGUCCCCUUACAAUGUAAAGUACACGUACACGAUGGCGCAUGUGUUGUUAACAAUACAGUAAAAAGGAGCAAUCUAUCACA